ACAGUAAAGUUGAGGAUCCAGUUUGGAAGAGGAAGUUGUCAUGUAAUUUGUGAAUGCAUUGGAACGGUGAACUGGAAAUCACCAUAUCUUGGAAAUAUAACUAUUUUUUUUUUAAACAGUGUUAACAUAGUUCGUCUUGGAUCAGAAUGGAAGCACGGCACGACAGUUCACCCAUGCAGGCUUUCGAUAAGGACGUUUUGGAAAUGACAGUUGAAGAUGUUUAUGACAUUUCUUACGUGAUCGGCAGAGAUUUAUUAAAAGUCAACACAGGUAGCCGGGAAUUCUCAGAUUUACAGUUCAAAAUCAUCCGUGUGCUGGAGAUGUUUGAGACCAUGGUAAAUAAGUACAACCUGUCGCUGGAGCAGCUGAGGAUGGAGCUGGACAAUAUGAAGGGAGAAAUGGAAAGAGUUGUAGCAGAAGAUUCAAGCGGUAAUGUUAACAAUCAGACUGUUGGUCCAAACAAACUAGUUGUGGAUUUACAAGACCCAAACCGACCACGAUUCACCAUGCAGGAGUUAAAGGAGGUUCUGCAGGAGAGAAACAAACUUAAAGCCCAGCUGUUGGUGGCCCAAGAGGAACUACAACUCUACAAGAGUGGAGUCUUGGGCUCUAAACAGAAGAUGGUGGAAGUAAACCUGGAGACCCUUCCUCAGUCAGAACCUGCACCCUCCACCAUUAUAGAGGAGCCCAAAGAGAAGAGCACCAUUCAGAAACUGUUCUCAUUUCGACAAAAAUAGUUACCAGAAUUUUGCACAAACUAAACACAUUAGAGACAAGCAACCCUUCCAACAGGAUGAGGACAGAUGCGAAGAAGUGAUGUUUUUAAUACUUCCUAUUUCUGGCUGGAAAUCCUUCGUCUUGCUCCUACUCAGUGUUUUUAAUUGUGUACAUUUUUAACUCUAUGAUUGUGACAGUUCUCACUUUGUUCAUCACUGAGUGUGAAUUCAAACAUGAAUGACAAGAUAUGCCCCAAAAUGUCCCUCUAAACACCUCCCUUAGCUAAUAUACAUUUGCAGACUAUUUGAAACACUAGAUUUUCAUUAAUAUUAUUUAACAUUAAUAUGUGACAUUACUAGAAUCAAAUUUAUAUCAGUCAUUUUAUGAAUAGCACAAUGGCACAUUUAUGGACUGUUUUUGUGUCAGUACUCAAUCAAAUUAGCUUAAACAUUGAUUUGAUGUUUAUAUGCCUCUAAGACCUUAUUUAUGAGCUUACGGAAUUAGAAAACAUCUUCAGACUGUGUCUGUUGCAAGUAUUUACAAGCUUUAGGACAGAAACUAUCCAAAUGAUUAUGCACUUUCUAGUCUUAAUUUAAAUUUGUCUUAAUAGUCUAGAAUUUAAGCAUUGGAACACUUGAAAUUUUAAGGUUCAAAUUGAGGUACUUCAACUAAACAAAAAGGCUGCUGUAUGAGGUAAUGUGUAGUGCACUAAAUCUCAUUAAGGUACAUGAAGGGGUAAAAUGUGGGCCAUAUGUCAAGAUUCACUUUUAUUGUCUUGCAGAAUUCACUGUAAUUUAAUAGACUGGAUGAAUUUUAUGACAGAAGAAUCAAAGUGUUUUGCGAUAAGAAGGUAUUAUGAAAUGCUGUUCUGAGUACAUUUUUUUUUGUACAUAGAUUACUGGAUUUAACAUGAGAUUGAAUCAUUUAAACUAUUAAUUUCCCUAGUUUUAUUUUCCAAUCUAACUUAUGAUCUUAUGUCUGUUGUUAUUUUUUGCCUUAUUUGUGUGUAUUGGAUGUUCCCCAUGUCCUAUAUUUCUAGUAUCCUUUAUAUAUAUAAAAAAAAUUUUAAAAACAUUGUUUGAAAAAAUAAAUACCUUUGUCACAGAGUUGUUUUGGUUUGUUUUUUGGUAUAACGGCUCCCUGAAUUACACUUUAACAAUCGGUAAUCUUGAUUCAUUUAAUUGUUUACAGGACCCAGUUUUCUAGUGUCUUGGUACUAUGUUAUGGGGGUUCCUAACACGUUACUUGCAGCCAGAUGCAGUAAAAAAGAUAAAAAUAAGCAAGUGUAUCACUUAGUCUUAGAUUCUUCUGAUUGUAAUUACAGUCUUAGUCACGUUUUAAUGGUAUAACAUUUGACAUGUCAUGCUUUGAAGAUUUAUUUCAAUCAAAUGUAUUUAUUAAAGAAACUGUAUAAAAACAACCAUUAUGUAGAGUUUUGUGCAGCUGAAAUUUUUUUGCACAACAUUUUAAAGCAUUAAUAAAAGCAUAUGGUUUAUAUUCUGUGCUUCUUUAAUGUUGUAAAUCCUUAU